AUGUCUCAUCGUGUAGCAGCUACAGCACCCGUAUGGCAAAAAGACAGCGAUGCGUCCAACUGCUUCAUCUGCGACUCGGCAUUCAACUUAUUCUACCGACGGCACCAUUGCAGGAAAUGCGGCCGGGUAGUCUGUGGCGACUGCUCGGCUCAAACGUUGCAUUACUUCGACAAUACCCCCAUUUCAACGCAGCCGGGAAGCACAUCUGAUUUUUCCUCAGGUUCAACUUUGAAUUCAAGUGUGAGACGCCGCGCGGGAGUCCUGUGCGAGUUGCUGAAACCGAACGAAGUGUACCGCACAUGCGACGAGUGCGCCCGCGAAAUCUUGAUGAUCCGCAGGGUCCUUUUCAACCUGCCCGAUUCGCAAUUCGAAGAAGAGAACCGCGGUAACAUCAAACACAGCUCGACGCGGGAGCGCACGAGACAGUUGCGUUCGACGUCGUCGACCCCGUCGACUCCGUCGACUCCGUCGUUGGACGUUCGAGCCAAUCCAAAUACCUUGCGGGAUAACGCCAGCGAUGGCAACUUGUGUCCCGUGUGCGCGAGUGAUUUGCUCAAGGAGUACAUUGCUCAACGCAACAAUAUCGAGGCUAUAUCAAAUCACGACUUUGAGAAUUUCAAAGAGGAACACAUUAGUGAAUGUUUGACGAAGUUUGACUUUAAUACGAAUAAACUGACUCGUUUUUCCCCGGAUCUGAAUCCGAGAAAUAAAAUGCUCGUUUAUAACAUCCCCCCGAUUCCUGAACCGCAGUAUGAAAACAUCGAUCGCAUAGGAGAAGCGCACGAGCAAGAGGAAGCUGGAGGACGGCAGACACCGCCGGAAAAGGAAGAGGGAGAUGAAUGCGUUGUAUGUUUGGAAGAGUUUAAACCUGGUGAUAAAGUGGGUAGAUUGGAGUGUCUUUGCGUUUUCCACUACAAGUGCAUCAAGGAUUGGUUCAACAAGAAAGGUUAUGGAGAGUGUCCUGUGCAUUUCUUGCACAAGUAG